AUGAAUAGUAAUAGGCAAAAUGAGUUUAAGAAUAAUAAGCAGAUAUAUAAAAAAAUCAGGGAUACGGGACAUUAUUCUUCUGAGAUAAUUAUGUACUACGUAAGACUUAAGGAUUUAAUUCUAAAAGGAGAUUUGUUAAAAGAUGAGAUAGGUUGUGAAACUAUUACUCAACAUGUUAUUGAAGAUAUAAAUAAGAAAGAAUUGGAUAAUUUAUUAUUAAAUGAUCAAAGAUGUAGUAAAGUAGUGGAAAUAAUUUUGGGAAUUAGUACAUUAAGUAUUAUACGACUUUUUUCUAAAGUAGAAGAUGAAUUAAAAAAAAGUGAUGAAUACUUAGAAUCUAAUGAUUUUAAAGAUAAUUUAUUUAAUAGAUUGGAGGAAUCUACCUCAAAUUUUGUAACUGUAUGUAUAAAGAUUUUGAAUAAGAUGGAAUAUUGUAUAUUUAAUCAAUAUUCAUCUCACAUUAUACAAACAACACUAGAAAGUAUUAUAUUAUUAAAUUCACAUUUACAAGAUUGUAAAAUAAAGAUAAUAUUAGAAAAAUUAGAAUUAUUACAAAUAUCAUUGAUGGUAAAUUUGCAAAAUUUAACUCGUAAUAUUGGAUGGAUUAAGAUUAUAUGUGAUCCUUGUGGAAGUCAUGUAGCAAGAACAAUAAUAUUAUCAUGUAUUGGAGAUAUAAAAUUUGAUAUAAAUGGAUUAGAAGAACAUAUUUUAUCACACUUAGGAAGAAGAAAUCGUGGUUCAAGAUUAAAUUUGAAAUUUAAUAACCAAAAUUUUCUUUUAAAGGUCCCUAUAAUGUUUAAAGAAUUUCUAUUAUGUAAAGCUAGUGAUAUUGAUGGAGAUUCACUUUCUGGUCAAAUAUAUGAAUGUUUAAGAUCUGAUGUAGAAGGUAUUAUAUAUGAUCCAUAUGCAUCUCCAACAUUAUCAGUUUUAUGUUUUUCAUUAUAUAAGAUAAAAGAUGAAUUUCCUACGAAAAAAGGGGUUAAUAAGUUAAAUAAAUAUAAUCCACUUUAUGAAUUAUUAUCAUGUAUAAUUACUCUUGGUCAGAAAUCAAAAGAUAUAUUGAAUCCAGUAAAGAAAGUAGAGAAAAUUAAACGAUACUUAGUUAACUGUUCAAUUAAUUGGAUGAACUCUGAAAUUGCUAGUUGUACAUUAGAAAUGUUAAUUGAAUUAAUACCUGAUGAAGUAUUUACUUUAUGGAUUAGUAGUCACUGUAAUACAGAUAAUUUAGAAUCGAUAAAGGAUAUUAAUUUAGAUAAUAAAGAUGUUCAAAUAAGCUUAAUUAAUAAAAUGGUUAGCUCAUGCUAUGGUAAUUAUAUAAUACAGAAGAUAUUAAAAAGUAAUCGCCUUAAUGAGCCAGAUUUUAUACAAUUAAUAAAAGUGGUUGACUUUCAGGUUAUUUUUAAAUCUGGAUAUAUAGGAGUCCUUAAUUGUAUAUUAGAAACAUGUAGGAAAUUUCAAUCUCACUAUAAAUUAGUAACAAAAAAUAUUUGGAAAGCUAUAGAAUUGAAGAGUAGUAAUGAUUAUAAGUAUGCAUUUGCUUGUUUAAUUUUUUGUAAAACCAGAUCUGAAUUACAGAAUAUAAUUGAGGAAAGAGAAAUUAAUAUAGAUAAAGUUGAAGGAGAAUUAGAAGAAAGAAUAGGAGGUAUAAAUGAUAGUACAAUAAUAGAUGAUAAAGAUUCAUUUGAGAUAGUUAAAAGAUCAAAUGAGAAUAAAUUAUCAAGACUUUCUACAUCUAUUUAUGGAUGUAAUAUAAUAAAUUCAUUAAUACACUUUCCAGCAGAAACUAUUCAUCCUGUGAUAUCAGGUAUAACAUAUUUUAUUUCUCAUUUUAAGGAAAUAAUGGUUAAAGAAUUAGGCAUGAAACAAUAUGGUGUUAAGAUGAUAGAGUCUAUGGUAGGAAUUAAUAGUCAGAUACCUAUAACAAUAAUUAGGAGAUGGAUUAAUGCAUUUUCUGGACAUUUUUUAGAAUUAGGACUUAAUAAUAAUGGAUCAUUUGCAGUUUCAGCAAUGUAUAAAGCCUCUGAUAAAAUAAUGAAAAGGAAAAUAGUACAAGAAUUAUUAGAUAAAGAAAAUGGUGGAGCAGAUGUGAUUAAAUCAAGAAAUUAUUCAUUAUAUAAGAGAUGUGAAAUUCCAUUAUAUUUAGAAUUAGAUGAGAAAUUAUGGGAUAUUUCUCAAUCACAGAAAACUAAGACUAGGAUAAUGUUUAGUGAUAUUCUUAAGGAAGAACCUGAAAUAAAGAAUAAGAAUAUAAAUAAUGAAAUUUUGAGUAACUCUUCAGAAAAUAGAGCUAAUAAACAAAAAAAGGAAAAUAAAUAUUCUAAUAAUACACAAUAUUUUGAAGAUAACAAAUUAGAUAUAGAACUUAGCAAAAAUUCUGAAUCAAAUGAGAUUGAUAAAGGAAUGGAAGGUAUUAUUAAAUUUAUUAAGAAUAAAAAGAUUAAGAAAUAUUAG